ACGCUCCCCGGCCCCUCUAGCCCCGUGGAGGUACAACUCGAAGGUGUGCGGAGGCCGCGACACACGCCAACUGCAGCGCGCCGGGAACCCCGGGCCUUACUUCCGUGAGAGGGGGAAAGCGUGCCGGAAGGGGCGGGACCUGGUACUUGGCCCGCCUCUCCUGUGAAGCUGGGGCCCGCGCACCGCUCUGUGGCGUCACUGCCCGUGGCACCGUCGCUCUUGUCUCUGACGCUGACACCUUCGCGCUGUGGGACGUCGCUACCUGUGACGUCAGGAGGGCGCCUCAGGUCUUCAAUCGCAGCCUGGAGUCCCGGAAAGACAGCGUCGGGGACCGGAUUCAGAGCGCUUUUUUCCCGUGCCGCCUGCAGAGCUGAGCCCGGCCCGGGUCCUGGACCCGCGUGGGACUGACCCUGGUUCCUUCCUCACCGCGUUCUCGCCACCGGCUGGACCCGGGGAUGCCGGGCGUCUCCGCCCGGGGCCUCUCUUACGAGGAGAGGAGGCAGCUAGCUGUGAACCUCACCCGUGUCCUGGCGCUCUACCGUUCCAUCCUGGACGCCUACAUCAUCGAAUUUUUCACAGACAACCUGUGGGGCACUCUCCCUUGCUCAUGGCAGGAAGCAUUGGAUGGACUGAGCCCGCCGCAGCUGGCCACACUGCUGCUGGGGAUGCCUAGGGAAGGGGAAGUGGUCAGGUACAGGUCGGUGUGGCCACUCACCCUGCUGGCCCUGAAGUCCACAGCUUAUGCCCUGGCCUUUACCCGGACGCCUGGGUUUCAGAGCCCCUCAGAGUUCCUGGAGAACCCCAGCCAGAGCUCCCGACUGACAGCUCCAUUCCGGAAACAUGUCAGGCCCAAGAAGCAGCAUGAGAUCCGGAGGCUGGGAGAGUUGGUGAAGAAGCUGAGUGACCUCACAGGCUGCACCCAGGUUGUGGAUGUAGGCUCAGGCCAGGGCCAUCUCUCCCGCUUCAUGUCCCUGGGGCUGGGGCUGAUGGUGAAGAGCAUUGAAGGAGAUCAGAGACUGGUGGAGAGGGCCCAGCGCCUGGACCAGGAGCUCCUGCAGGCUCUGGAGAAAGAAGAGAAGAGGAACGCACAGGUGGUCCAAACUGGCCCUCGCCACUCCCCACACCACGUGGUUAGAUGGGUAGACCCUACGGCCCUGUGUGAGGAGCUUCUGCUUCCACUGGAGAACUCACCUCAGGGUGGGGCCCGCUUGCUGCUCACAGGCCUCCAUGCCUGUGGGGAUCUGAGCGUCGCCUUGCUGAGGCACUUCUCCUGCUGCCCUGAGGUGGUGGCCCUGGCCUCAGUGGGCUGUUGCUACAUGAAGCUGAGUGAUCCUGGUGGCUACCCACUGAGUCAGUGGGUGGCUGGGCUGCCUGGCUACGAACUGCCGUACAGGCUUCGGGAGGGAGCCUGCCAUGCCCUGGAGGAAUAUGCUGAGCGGCUACAGAAAGCAGGCCCUGGCCUCCGAACCCACUGCUAUCGGGCAGCACUGGAGACAGUUAUCCGUUGUGCCCAGCCCACGCUCCGUCGGCCAGGCGUGCAGGGGAUCCCCAGGGUCCACGAGCUCAAGAUUGAAGAGUAUGUGCAGCGGGGGCUACAGCGGGUAGGGUUGGACCCCCAGCUGCCGCUGAAUCUGGCUGCCCUUCGGGCCCACCAGGCCCAGGAGAACCGUGUGGUGACUUUCUUCAGCCUGGCCCUGCUGCUGGCCCCACUGGUGGAGACACUGAUUCUGCUGGACCGGCUGCUCUACCUUCAGGAGCAGGGCUUCCAUGCUGAGCUGCUGCCCAUCUUCAGCCCUGAACUCUCUCCCAGAAACCUGGUUCUGGUGGCCACCAAGAGGCCGCUGGGUCAGGCCUUCUCUGUGCUGGAGACUGAAGACAGCUGACACAGCACAUCUUGGACCCCAUCUGAAACCACCCAGGUGCCACAGUGGGUGGCGGUCUGCACCUCCUCACCCAGAGAACCAGCAUCCUGCAUCUUCCCUGGAAUCCUGAUUCCCCACAAACCUUCAGCUUCGUAUCCUUUCUCUCCCUCCAUGUGUUAUGUAAUAUUAUGUAAAAAUUUAUUUUUAAUUUAUUAAAAAGUUGAAGUCUUUA